CGGGGACACCGGGAGCAAGGGGGACCGAGGCACCGGGAGCAAGGGGGACCGAGACACCGGGAGCAAAGGGGACCGAGGCACCGGGAGCAAGGGGGACCGGGGACACCGGGGUCGGACCGAGGCAUUCGAAGUUUGCCGGUGGGACUCAAACCCUUGGACUGGGGAAGUGGCGAUCGAACCUCGGGACCCGUGAAUUCGGGGGUCCCGGUUUGGGGUCUGUGACUCAACCCCCUUAGGACUCUGGAGUUGACCCAAGGCAUCAUUUGACUCAGGAACCAGGAACCCCAAGGCAACGGGAGUCCAACCUGGGACUCGGGGUGGUGGGGGGGUGGGAGCCGGACGAUUUUCAGCGGUCAAACUCAAGGCCUUGAGACGAAGGGGACCCGGUCGUCUGCGGGUGGCGCUCGGGGCGAUCAGAGGACCCGGGCAAACCGGGGGCAGAACUCGGCGGGCGAGACCGGGGCCGGGCCGCCCUUGAACCUCGGCUCAAAUUCGACCUCCUCGGGACUCUGGGAUAUACCGGGCAGUGCACGCCAUGUUCUCAUGCCGGGGCCGAGUUACUCCGGGUCCGUGGCACCCGGGGCUGCGGCGUCUCUGCUCGGGUUCGAGUUCCGCUGUUUCCCGUGGCCCAGCUGUUCCGGGGGGCCCAGCUGUUCCGGGUGGCCCAGCUGUUCCCGGGGGCCCAGCUGUUUCCCGUGGCUCAGCUGUUCCGGGUGGCCCAGCUGUUCCGGGUGGCCCAGCUGUUCCGGGGGGCCCAGCUGUUCCGGGUGGCCCAGCUGUUCCGGGGGGCCCAGCUGUUCCGGGGGGCCCAGCUGUUCCGGGGGGCCCAGCUCUUGUUCCCGACCUGGUGGCCACUGUAAGCGCGGGGCUCCGCGUGGCCACGCAGCGCGCGGCCCGUGCCGGCCGCCAGUGGUGGAGCCGCUACGAGGAGGUGGUGGGCCUCACGGAGCUACGAGACGCGCAGAGCAAAGUGACGCAGGCGGAGGGGGUGUUCCUAGCGGCACGCGGGGCCGUGCGCGCGGCCCAGGCCCAGGUCGACGCGCUCCAGGUUCAGCUGCGCCAGGCGAGGGACCGGCUGGAGCGAGUGGAGAGAGACGACGCGAGGUACCUGGAGCUCGCUACUGAGGAGCACCGCCUCCUGCAGGAGGAGCGUGCGGUGCGCGCCAACCACGUGCGCUGCGCCCACGCGGAGCGCGACGCGUUCUCCGCAUUCUCGGCGGGCGUGCGCGAGAGCCACGAGAAGGAGCGCGCACGCACCGAGCGCACCAAAAACUGGUCGCUCAUCGGCUCCAUCGUGGGGGCCCUGGUCGGCGUCGCGGGCUCCACAUACAUCAACCGGGUCCGCCUGGCCGAACUGCGCCAGCUAGUGGGGGAGGCGCGGGGCGGCCCCGAGUCGCUGCAGGACGCGCUGCGGGAGCAGGCGGCGGCGCACGCACAGCAGCAGGCGCAGCUCGCAGGCACCGUCACGCAGCUCCGCACGCUGCUACUCGCCGCCGGCACCGCCAGCACCCAGCAGCCACUGGCACCGACCCCCGGAUCCGCGGAGCCGGCGUCGAGCGUCGGCGGCGGCGGCGACGACGGCGGCGGGAUGCCCGCGUGGCUGGCGCCGCUGCGGGAGGCGGCGGAGCGCUCGGACCGGCGGCUCGCCGAGCUGACGGGGGGCGUGCGCGAGCUGCGCCGGCUCGCCAGCGGCUCCGCCAACGGCCACGCGGGGCCCGCAGCGCGAGUCGAGGGGAGCGGCGAGAUUGACGAAACGGCGGCGGAACCAGUGGGGACGAAGUCCGGCCCAGAACCGGCGGGCGGCUGCGCUUGGCCGGAGGGGACCCUCGACGAGGAGAUUGAGCGCGACGCGGCGGUGCUGGGCGCCCUGUGGGACACGGAGGAGCGGCUGGCGCGGCGCGUAGACCGGCUGGCAUGGGCCGGGGUAGCGCUCGCGUUGGGGGCGGCUGCUGUCGCCGCGGCGGUAGCGCGGGGGGGGUGAUGGCGCCGGUCGGGGGGCAGGGGAGUACGUCCAACACACAGUUGUGCACACGACAGCCACUGUUCAACAUUAAUUGGCGGUGAAUUUGCCAUGGCGCUUGUGCCAGGCUAGGUGUACCUUGAGGCCGUCACGUGAAGUGUGAAAGGCUCGCUGCUGGUAAGUCAUAGGACAGACCCAAGUGCCAUGGGUUGUGCGGAGAUGACUGGUAGGUGCAUCAACUGUGCUCCCUACUGUGCCACCUUGCAUACACAGACACGCAUGACACACAUGUAACACGCAUACAUACACAUGCUCGCAAGGUUGGAACAUGCAUCGCUGAGUGCGAGAAGCAACUUUAAUGGAUGAACCAUCGCUCGUGCCAGUCACUCGCUCCCUACCGGUUGUGCCUCCGUCCGCUUGUGACGCCAUGCUGCUGCGAUUGGUUGCGUUGUGAUUGAGCGAUAUGAUAUGCGAUUAUUAAAAUGAAGAGGCAGCUGCUGCAGUUGUGAGUUAUCGAGGAGACCCACGUGGGAAACCCUGGAAACUACUGACAAACCUUCCUGGUGCUGGAGCUGUCAAUAAAUAAACCACGUCACAUGGUGGUGAUGUUGGUGAUGCGA